AUGUUGAAACCUAAAGAGAUCAUUUCCCCUCAGACCCCAAAUCGCAGAGGAUAUGAAACCGGAGCCGUCGGUGCUGUUGGUGGCCAAGAAGCGGAUGGGCUGCAAAGCAGCGCGAGGAAAUAUCCCAGCGUGACGGUUGACCAGAAGUUUCCCAUCAUCCAAUUUGAACGACUGAAGGAACAGUCCAUUCUCGGCCGUGGGGGGUUCGCCUACGUAAUGAAAGCCCGACAUCUGGACUGGAAGCAGGACGUGGCUGUCAAAUGUCUGCUGACUCGUCAGAUAGAAGGAAGUGAGCAGGAAGUGUUGUACUCUGAGGCGAGAAAACUGAACCUGGGAAGCCGAUCAGACCACGUCAUCAGUCUGUUGGGGGUCUGUCUGGACCCAAACUUCGCCAUCGUGAUGCCCUACAUGGAGAACGGUUCUCUGGCCGGGCUGCUGCGGGAUGUGGACGUGCCCUGGGCCCUGAGGUGGAGAAUGGCGCACGAGAUCUCCCUGGGGAUGACUUUCCUGCACUGCCAGAACCCACAGAUUCUCCACUGUGAUCUGAAGGCAGAGAACGUGCUACUAGAUGGGGACUUCCACGUGAAGAUUUCAGACUUUGGGCUGUCCAAGUGGAAGAUGAGAUCUCGCGUUGUCACCCAAACCAGCCCGGAAGGAAGCACAAUUACGCAUGCGCCACCGGAGUACUUCUUGGAUAUCAACCUCGUCCCAACACCAAUGUUCGAUGUCUACAGUUUUGGUGUGCUGCUUUGGGAGAUCAUUACGAGAGCAGAGCCAUAUGGAAAUGCUAUGAACUCUGCCCUCAUCAGGCUUGCCGUGACGUCAGGACAGCGACCUGACCUGACCCUGAUCCCCACAGACCGGGAGGACGUGACGUCAGUGAGUCAGCUGAUGCAGACAUGCUGGAGCCAGACCCCGGAGGACAGGCCCACAUUCCAGGCAUGUGCAGACCACCUCAUUACCGUGACCAGCAGGUCCAGUAAAGAGGACAUUCUACAGGCCAUCAUCGACGUGAUGAAGGCUCGCAAGAACUGAUUCAAAACCUUGAUGUGUGGAUAGGAGACGGUUAAUAACACCUGAUUUGUCAAGUUUUCGUGUAGAUUAAGGAACAAGCAGGAGAAAUCUACAGAGAAAAAUGCUGAUACAGCCACGCAGAGUAGUUCAAAGGACACAGGAAGGUUUUGAUGCAACUACAUCCAGGAUAGGCCAAAAGGCAACACUGGUUUAAAGUUUAAAAGUCUUGAACAAAAUGAACCUUUCCAGCAAUCUAUUUUCUGUUCAUUGAACAUUGGUAUUGCACCAGUUCAGGGUCUGAAAUUCCUGCAAUCAGGUAAUAAAAUCAAAUUUGAUUGUUAUGCUUAAAUGGUUGAAGAUGUAAUAGUUUUGCUAAGCAAAAAUGGUUAAUGCAACAGAGGUUUCAUUUUUUUUUUUUACAAUCAUUGUGUUUUGGGGGCUGGUGUAGUAAUAAGACAAUAUCGCAAUUAUGGUAUAUGGGGAAUGUGCUUUUAUCUUCUAGAUUCCAUGAUAGACAAAGGGCAAGACUGGUGCAAACUCUUAAGGUGAUUUUCUAGUCACAACUAACAAGAAACGGUUUAAGAAAAGAUAUCGGGAUCAUUUGUAUCAUAUGUCACCUUGACUACAUAAAAUCGUAACAAUUAUUAACUUUUGUACAGGUAAUAUGUUAAGUCUUUGCUACUUGAUACACGUCUAAUGGUGUUUACAGUAAUGUGCUUUUGAGAAAUAUCUACACAUCUUUUGCUUCUCAAUCUUGUGAUGCAGUGAAAUAAAAUUGGGUAAAAACGGUAUGUAUGACCAAGUAUGUAACCCUUUCCUGUGAGGCCCGAUGCUACAACUGAAACAGGUAAACGUUGCCGGUAUGUCAUAACCAGUAAACCGUGACACAGCAGUUUUGUACACGAUUUGUGAGACCAGCUCUGGUAGUGAUAGGUCUUUUCUACCAACCCCCUACAUAUACUGAUU